AUUACCACUUUUUCGCUUGAUAACAGCAUCAAAUUAUAAUUUUACAAAUGUUUUCGGCUGGUAAAGGAAAGCUGUUUGGUAUCAUAUCCUUAGUACAUAUUGUUAAAUUAUCCAAUUUUUCAAACAAAACCUACUAUAAAUCAAAAAGUUUCAGUGUAUUUAGAUUUGCAAAUCCGACAUUUCAAAAAAUGUCGGAUGAAGUAAUUAAAGCUAAGACUGCUGAACCAGGUGGAGAUACUAUUUUCGGUAAAAUUCUUCGAAAAGAAAUCCCAUGCGAUUUCAUUUACGAAGAUGAUCGUUGUGUAGCAUUUCAUGAUAUUAAUGCUCAAGCUCCUGUUCAUUUUUUGGUUAUACCCAGAAAACCUAUAGAAAUGUUGUCUUCAGCGAAUAGCUCAGAUGAAUCAUUGCUUGGACAUUUAAUGUUAGUUGCUAGCAAAUUGGCAAAAGAACAAGGUUUAGGUAAUGGUUUUCGUUUAGUUGUUAAUAAUGGAAAGGAUGGAGCUCAAUCAGUUUAUCAUCUACAUCUUCAUGUACUUGGGGGCCGACAAUUAAGCUGGCCUCCAGGCUAACAAUCAAUCAGUAAAAUAAAAAUUUAAUCAAUGAAACUGUAAAAAAACAUUAUUUUUAAUAUUAAAUACAUUAAAUUCUUUUUGAAUUAUAAAAAAAGAAAUAUUAUCUAAAAAUUGUAUAAUGAUUGCAAUUAUAAACCUUUUUAAAU